ACUAAAUUAUUUCGAUAAAACUUUUUACAUAUUAUAUUUCGAAUAAUUUAUGUUAAUCGUUUUAAAUUUGAGAAGAGAUGCGCAGAAAACAUUUUAAAGGAAUAUGUACAAAUAUUUUUAUAACAAGAUAUAAAAAAAGUUGGUAUAUCAAAUUUAAAAAAAAGAAAUCACAAUAACGAUUAUAAUAGAGCAUAAAAAAGGAAUUUUUGACGCACUUAUGUAAUCUUAAUGCAUUUCUGUACCUUAAAAAGACUCGAUUCCAUAAAUCUUUAUAAAUGUAUCGGUCACUUUUUAUUUCGUGGUCCCGCGAUUGCUAGUUGAAAGUACGGUUGCUUAAUGUAGCGGUUCACAAUUGGCAAGAAACGUAUAUAAAUAUCAAUUCCCACGUUCGACUCGACUUCUUUCGACCUAUGAUAUGUGUUCUUAUAGUUAAAGGAACAUUUAUAUUGCUUUUUUGAUUUAUUAGUCAUCUGGUCAAUCAUUUCGAACGUUUAGGAUUUAGGUUGUUUUUUAUUUCAAAACGUUACUCGAGAACCACUGAAUGUGAAUAGCGGCACUCCUUAAGACUGCAGUAGACAUUGUGCAAUGAAAAUCUAAUCUGCGCAUGCGUGGUAGAUAGUUCGAUUCUUGGGUGUCUUCGCUGCAACUUCGCGCAUAUUGAUACUUCCAAGAUAUUUUUCUAAACUUUUCUAAACUCCUUAGCGCUUCCGCAUAUAUUAUGUAUGUAUAUUAGAAUACAUCUUAUUUUUCGACCAACGAAUUUGUUUUCUCUGUGUACUUGUGUAAAAUUUGAGAUCAAUCGGGCAAUGUGAAGAAACGUGCCAUAUCGAAUUUGAAUUUGAAUUUUUAUAAUUCGCUUUACAUUAUAAUAUCGUAUUACUAUACGAAUAUAAAAAUGAAACAUAUGAAUACUUGAAAAAGAAUUUUUAAAAGUAAUCGUGAGAAAACUUUUUUCUUUGGCAUUAUAUUUACUUCGUCGAACCUUCGUACUCCUUUUAUCUAAGAAACUUUUUCAUAUAUACGCAAAUAACGAAGAUAUUUAGAUGUUCCCAUUUUUUCUGUUCAAAUUUUCCUUUCCAAUUUGCUCCUUUCUCUUACAGAUCGUGAUUUUGUGUUGUUUUCUGAAGCUGAUCAUCGCUGGUGUCCUACAACAAAGAUUUCCUUGCGCGCCAAUCGAUGCAAUCUCCGCGAGUGGGGCAGCAGUGCCAGUGGCGUGCGCCCUUAAAUCAAUCGGAGGCAAAGUAGAACCAAUACUUCCGACUUAUGUGAAAGUUUCCACUCCGAUCUCGUACAGACCAUUGCCGAAGACGUCAUCAUUGGUAUACGUUGCGCCACCGAUUUUUAAAACGGCGUCUGCUGUUGUCGCGACCGAUACAAAAAAUGAAAAAGAAGCGGAAUUCACGGCUCAUCCAAGAUACUCGUUUAAUUAUGGCGUCCUGGAUGGAUAUACCGGCGAUUCUAAGUCAGCGUGGGAAGAGAGAGACGGUGACACGGUAAAGGGUGAAUAUUCUGUGGUAGAAGCGGAUGGUUCAAUUCGAACAGUCACUUACACGGCUGAUGAUCAUAAUGGCUUCAACGCAGUCGUAACCAGAAACGAACCCCCAAAGAACGUGAAAAAAGAUAGUAAUUUGAAAGCAUUUCUACCGGUAACUGUUAUUUCCAAUCCUCAUUAAAGGUAAAUCGAAUGUUCUGCGAAUAAAAAUUUGUAUCUAGUUUUUAUCCUGCUGUGUUAUCCUGCUGCUAACGAGAAACAAUACCUUAAAAUACUUGAGAAAAAUUCAUAUUGAAAAUUAUUGUUUUUUUUUUGUUCGAUACAAAGGUAUUUAAAAAAGAACCCGAAAGUAACGGAUAAAAUGAUAAAAAUUUUCCAACGAGUAAUGUAUAUACAUUUUAUCUAAAUUGUACUAAAAUGAUAUUUUAUACUUGAUUUGAUAAGGAUAAAAUUUCGAAGCGUUCAUUUCCUUUGUUUAAUUCUACUUAAUUACGAUGGAAUAUUCUUAAUAUUUGCAAAUAUUUUGAACGUAUAAAAAGAAAGAAAAAUAUAAUAAAUGGUAAUGAAAAUGGACGUUUCAAGACUUAAAAAGUAAAAAUAUAGAAAAAUACUCCGUUGUAUAAGAAUUUAUAAA